AAGCUCUGGACUGGGUUGAAAAACAUGGAAAGAAAGUUAAUGUUACCAGGUUAAAAAGAUCACAACAUAAACUAAAGCUUUACCCGAUUGAUUAUCAACUUGCAAUAGCAAGUUGCCGAAAUAGUUCACCAUAUUAUCCGAUAUCACAGUUUCUCGUUCAGUCUCCUCCUGACUCGAGAACCCUUGAAACUGUCGAUCCUGUAUUCUCUGAGAAAUGGAUAGAGAACUUUGUAAAUGAGUAUCAUAUUAAAUAUGGAUUUUUGGAAAAUUUUAAGGGUUACUUUACAAAUAUAUCAAUCAUGGACCUUAUUUCUUCAGAACUUUCAUACAAUAACCCAGAAGAACUGCUGCUAAGAUCAACAGAUAAAACAAAGCCUUUAUUCAAAGAUGAACCUUCACCGGAAUUAUUCAAACAGUGGGAUCAAUGGUUAAUCGAGACACAUUUCGGUCAGAAAUAUCAGAUUCACUCAACAAACAUUAAAGAUUUAUCAAAACUUGCUGAAAAUAUUUUCCCAUUGUGUUCAUCAACCAAUAUCAGAACGGGUUUCUCAGAAUUGAAAAGCCAAUUUCCAGAUAAGAUUAUUUGUGAUGAUUUUAUUGAGACAAGUUUACAGCUUGACCAUUUUUCAUUAUAUUUGAAACUCAUAAAUAGACAAAUUGAGUUCGUGAUUCGGAACACUUCCAGAAGCACCAGUUACACGGACCUUCUAAAUGAACUUAAUAAUAUCUUACAUUUUUAUUUUAUGUGCGCUGACAUCGUGAUGAAUAACAUUAAUUAUUAUGAUAUUAGAAAAGAUUCUCUUAAACCAUAUCAUAUAAUUUUAGGUGACGAGGAUAAGCUUCCUAAUGAAUAA